UCAUCUCAUAGACAUUCAGGCGGCCUUAAUCAGUAUCGUUGAAACCCAUCCUUCACACACACCUCCAUUUUCUCUCUGUGUUCCUCCUGUUCCCAAUCCAUCUCCCAAAACCGAACACAAAAUGGCUAUUGCAGAAGUUUUUCUGGGCGCGUUUUUAGCUGUGUUAUUCGAGAGAUUGGCCUCUCGCGAGCUGUUGAGCUUUGCUCGCAGCGUGGGAAUUCAUACCCAGGUGAUCAAAUUGCGCAAAGUGCUGAUGACUAUUAAAGCGGUGCUUAACGAUGCAGAGACUAAGCAAAUAAGUGACGAAACUGUGAAUAUGUGGCUGGAGGAUCUGAGGGUUCUGGCUUACGAUGUGGAUGAUCUUGUGGACGAGAUCGCGACUGAAGCUUCGGCCCAUCAAUUGAAGUCGGAGACCGAAGCAGCAGCAGCUGCCACAAGCAAGGUGAAGGUACUCAACUUCCUCCCUCCUUCUUUUACUGAUUUCCCUAGAUCUGUUGAGCUCAAAUUCAAGUUCGGGCCCAAGAUUGAGGAGAUCACUUCCAGAUUACAAGAAAUGGCACAAUUGAGAGAUGAUUUGGGUUUGAGAGAAGUAGAGUCAAGCACAAGAAGAGAGAGAUUGCCAACAACUUCCUUGGUGGUUGAAUCCCAUGUCUAUGGUCGGGAAAAGGAAAAACAAGAUAUACUUGAAUUGGUGCUCAAGGAUGAAGCAUGUAAUGAUGAAGCACGCGUAAUUCCAAUAGUAGGGAUGGGUGGUGUGGGCAAGACCACUCUUGCUCAACUUGUGUACAACGAUGACAAGGUUAAGGAUUUCUUUGAUACGAAAGCAUGGGUGUGUGUUUCUGAAGAGUUCGACGUAUUCAUGAUAACUAAGAUUAUUCAUGAGGCAGUGACCAAGGAAAGACACGACUUCAACGACCUCAACAUGUUGCAAGUGAGUCUCAAAGAGAAACUUUCUGGAUUAAAAUUUCUUAUUGUUUUAGAUGAUGUCUGGAACGAGAACUACGAAAAAUGGGAUCUCCUCCGUGCUCCUUUUCGAGUUGGGCUACCUGGAAGUAAAAUUAUUGUUACAACUCGGCAUGAACGUGUUGCAUGUAUCAUGGGUUCUGUUCCUGCGUACCCUCUGAAUGUUUUGGCAGAAGAAAGUUGUUUGCCUUUGUUGGCUCAGCAUGCUUUGGACAAAACAAAUUUUGAUGACCAUCCAAAUUUGGAAGCAAUUGGCAAGGAAAUAGUCAAAAAGUGUGGAUUUUUGCCUUUGGCAAUGAAGACAUUAGGAGGCCUUCUGCAUAAUAUACAUAGCCCAAAUGAGUGGAAAACUAUACUGAAUAGCAAAAUCUGGGAGUUAUCAGAGCACCAAAGUGGCAUCCUUCCAGCUCUAAGAUUAAGCUAUCAUCAUCUCCCUUCUCACUUGAAGCAAAUGUUUACAUAUUGUGCUAUAUUUCCGAAAGACUAUGUGUUUGACAAGGAUGAGUUAGUUUUGUUAUGGAUGGCGGAAGGAUUUUUGCAACAACCCACAGUUAUGAAAACCAUGGAAGAGUUAGGCGGAAAAUAUUUUGAUGAGUUAUUAUCAAGGUCAUUCUUCCAAUGUUCAGGUGGCACGAAAUCAAACUUUGUGAUGCAUGAUCUCUUGAAUGAUCUAGCUCAAUUUGUUGCUGGAGAAAUAUGCUUUAGGUUGGAUAAUAAUAUGGAGAGCAAUGAGCAUUGUAAGAUUUCUCAAAAAGCUCGCCACUCGUCAUUCAUUCGUCGCAGAUAUGAAGUGUUGAAAAGAUUCAAGGAAUUUCACGAACUCGAGAGGUUGCGGACUUUCUUACCGCUGCCACUUCGUAAGGUUAUUGGGUUUGAAUGCUAUUUAAACAACAGUGUUUUGGUCAACCUACUGCCAAAAUUACGGUGUUUAAGAGUCUUAUCUUUGAGUGGAUACGAAAUAAGUGAGCUUCCUAACUCCAUUGGGGAUUUAAAACAUCUUCGGUACCUUAAUUUAUCGGAGACUUUGAUUAAAUGGUUGCCUGAAUCGGUGAGUACUCUCUACAAUUUACAGACAUUAUCAUUAAAAGGUUGUCGCACCCUUUGUAAGUUGCCCGCCAACAUUGGAAAUUUGGUGAACUUGCGCCAUCUUGACAUUCGAGAUACUCCAAAAUUAGAAGAGAUGCCGUCAGGGAUUGGUAGAUUGAAAUGUUUGCAAACAUUGCCAAAGAUUCUUGUUGGCAAAAAGAGUGGAUUUGGACUCGGAGAAUUGGACAGCCUACUGCUUUCGAAUGGAAUGCUUUCCAUUGCUGGGUUAGAAAAUGUUAUGGAUGUGAAGGAUGCAGAGGAGGCGAAUUUAAGUUGUAAGCAAGAUAUUAAUGAGUUGGAAUUUAAAUGGAAUAGUGACAUUGAAGAUUCUCAAAAUGAUGGGCUGCAAGUUAGUGUACUUGAAAUGCUACGGCCGCAUAGAGAAUUAAAAAGUCUUAAAAUUGAGUUCUACAGGGGCAUCACAUUUCCUAAUUGGAUUGGGGAUCCGUCAUUCUCUAAAAUAGUGUAUAUUAUUCUUCAAGGUUGUACAAAAUGCAAGUUUUUACCACCACUUGGCCAACUACCAUUGCUCGAAGUACUAUCCAUAGAUGCCAUGCAUGCUGUAAAAAGUGUGGGUGCAGAGUUCUAUUGCGGUGGUAGCACUCUGGAGAUUCCAUUUCCAUCACUCAAGAUGUUGCGGUUUCAAGGUAUGCCAGAAUGGGAGGAAUGGUCUUUUUCUUAUGGUGUUGAUUUUAGAGGAAUUUUCCCUAACCUUCAUGAGCUUACUAUACGCAAAUGCUCUAAACUGGUGAGUGUUCCACGCUUAAGGCUUCUCUCUCUUCGCCUGUUAAAGAUACAAUAUUGUGAUGAGGCAGUGUUGAAAAUUUUUACUGAAUUACCCUCAUUAACCACGUUGAAAAUUGAGAAUGUGUCGGGGCUAACUCAUCUGCCGAUGGAGUUCAUGAAUGUGUUGGUGUCACUUAAAGUUCUUAAAAUUGAAAAAUGUGCCGCGUUGGUGACUUUGUGGCAGAAUGAGAUUGCACCAGAAAACCUUUCCCAUUUGCAUGUAGAAUCUUGUAAAAAUUUGGAAAGGUUGGCUUAUGACCUGAAAAGCCUUAAAUUUCUCAACAAGGUGUACAUCUUUGAUUGCCCAAAGCUUUCUGUUCAAUCUUCCGAUUAUCUGGAGUCCAUCCCUAAUUACAUCCCUCGUCUUGAACACUUGUCCCUCAGUAACUGCUCUUCUUUGAGUUCUUUCCCAAUAGACUCUCCUCUCUCCACACUUAAGUCAGUUUCGAUUAAGUAUUGCGAGAAUUUGAAGUGGGUUAAAGAGACGGUCGAACGGAGCAUCAUGUCAGGAAAGUUUGGGAUCAGUAAUUGGCCCAAUUUGCGGAGUUUAAUUGUACUCAUUCAGGAAUUUGGAUGUUCGAUGAAUUAUUAUAAAAUCAACCGCUCACUCUCAGGAAAUGGUUUGCUCACUCCCAACCUACGAAGUCUUGACAUCUCUGGGUUUCAAAAUCCCUUUCCUAGCCAGAGUCAAAGCCUCGUAUUCCUUCAAUCACUCACUAUACGUAAUUGUACAAGUCUUGAGUCCUUUCCAGACCAGAAUUUGCCCCCCAGCCUAAAAUCCCUAGUUAUUGACAACUGUUGGGAACUUAAGCCCCUAUCAGAAUGGGGCUUGCAAAGACUCUCCUCUCUUCGGCGUUUCACCAUGAGAUAUGUAUAUCCAGAGCUACUAUCCUUUCCGGACUCGUGUUUUCUUCCUAGUACUCUACAAUACCUUUGCAUCGAUGAAUUCUUUAAUCUCAAGUCUCUCUCCAAUGGGCUCCGAAACCUGACCUCCCUUCGGCAACUAGAAAUAUACCAUUGCCGUAAGAUUGAGUCUCUCUCUGAAGAACUCAGAAACUUGACCUCUCUUGAGCAUCUGGAAAUCAUCAAUUGCCCUAAGAUUGAGUCUCUCUCUGAGGGGUUCCAAAGCCUGACCUCUCUUAGGAGUCUGAAAAUUGAACAUUGCCCUAAGAUUGAGUCCCUCUCUGAGGGGCUACAAACCUUGACCUCUCUUUGGGUUCUGAACAUAAACAAGUGCCCUAAGCUUAAGUCUCUCUCUGAGGGGUUCCAAAAGCUGACCUCUCUUAGGAAUCUGAAAAUCGUGGAUUGCCCCGAGUUGGGUUCCUUGCCGAACAAAAGGAUACUUGACACACUUUUAAUCCUGGACAUACGGAGAUGCCCACUUCUUGAAGGACGGUAUUCCAAUGAGAAAGGAGUAGAUUGGCCCCAGAUUGCCCACAUCCCCGACGUUCAGAUUCUUUCUCGCAGAUGGUGACGAGGCCUUUUGUAAGGAGCAACUUUAUUAGGUGCCAACCACAGGUUUGACGAUAGAGACUUUGUUGAUUGAGCUGAGACACUGCCUUAAUUCUAUCCUUCCUCCCCCGUCUACUCCAUUUAUGCCCUAACCUCCUGCCCCUCGCUCUAGUUUGCUCUCCUCAUAUCUCUUCUCCCGAGCAACGGCCUUGGUCUCGGCGCCAAGCCACCACCACAACAACACCAUCCCCUGCUCUAGCUCCGGUGCCAUGAAGGAGUAGAGUGUGGAAGACAGAAAAAUAUGUAGCAAAAUUCUAGCUCUUCCGUGUCAACACAGAUCCUUGGUGACAAGAAUGACGAUGGUGAGCGACAGCAGCACCAACAUGCCACUCUCUCUCCCUCAUGGCAGCAUCUCAAAUAACUCUCUUUCUCCCUCUUUCUCUUCAAAUUUUGUUUGCGAAAUGCAUUUUUUGUUUUACUUGCGAUCUAUGAAGCACGGACACUCUCGAGAAUGUGACGUAUCCGUAUUGGACACGUGUCAGACACCGACACUCUUUG